AUGCAGAUAGUUUCAUCAGUGUUCUCAACAAGUUGAUGUACAGAGAGUGUAGCAUUGUAUGGUUCGACAACAGCAUCGGAGACUUUGGGCGAUGGGACUACAGAAAAUGUAUUUAUAAUGCUGUCAGAAUAUUCUUCUCGAAUCUUUGAAAUUGACAGCGUCUUCAUAGUUCAUUAUCAUCUAUGGAUAUAACUAGUCGGACUUAUGCGUCUAAUUUGAUGAAUUCAUUAUUUAGACUGUAUAAAUUUAACUUGAUCGAUAUAAUUCUUUUGAAUGGUAACUGUUUAACGGCUUUCAGACAAUGUAUUCAUUUAUUUAUUAUCUCAGAUGUCAGUGAUACUUCUCAGGACGCAAAUGUAUACUCUGUAAAUUCUGUCAUUUCUCAUCCUCAUCUCUCAUUAAUCAUCAGUGCCCAUGAUGAUCGUCAAAUUCGAUUUUGGGAUUCGUUAAGUGGCAAAUGUGUUCAUUCAUUGACUGCUCAUUUGGAUUCAGUAACAACACUCAGUUUGAAUUCGAAAGGAACAUUAUUACUCUCAGCAAGUCAUGACUGUUCCAUACGAAUAUGGGAUAUCAAUACAAAAUUGUGCAUUCAAGAAAUUACAGGUCAUAGGAAAAAAUUCGGUGAAGCUAUCAAUGCAGUUGCAUUUCAUCCAACACAACAUUUUAUGGCUAGUGCUGGAUCUGAUGCAUUGGCCAAAGUAUAC